CUCGAGUUGAACAGUCGCAUCGAUCCGAUAGAUAGAAACUGACGAGCUGCCAGACGUGAUCUGCGUGUGUGCCGUGUGUUUUAAUUUUUAUUUGAAUAUUAUCUUAAAUAUUAUCGUGUGCACAACAUGGCCACGCCUCCUUUUCGCCUGCUCUUGGCGAUGAUCUGUGUGAAUUACAUGGCGCUGGCACAAAACCCAACCCAAGCACCAGUUGGGGCUGGGGUCGCAGCGCCUGGCCCUAACAACCAUUGGAGAUCGCGCAGCAACUUCCGACAUUAUGGGACGCCUGCUCCUGCGACUACGCCCCCACAGCAUAACGAGAUCAAGGAGCUGGUGACGAACUUACACGACCGCGUUGGCAUCUUGGCGACCUUGGACGAGGACCAGCGCCACCGUCUGGAAGUGAUCGAUAAGAAGGUCGAUCAGCUGCUGGACAGCAAUACGGGUCGCAUGGAGUCGCUGAAGGCGCAGCAGCUGAACUUCCAGCAGCGGCUGGACAGCUUCGAGCACAUCCAGCGAUUGACGCGGCACACACUGGACGAGCUGAAAGGUGAAACCGACCAAUAUCUGGGAUCCCGUGUGGCCAGACAGCUGAGCCAGAAGCAAAAGAAUCGCGACAAAUUGCGGGAUCUGUCACGGCAGGUGCGUGCGACGCCCGAGGAGCAGCCAUACGUGGCCACCAACAUGGCCAACCUGUUCGGCAACCAGCCCGCGGCAACGGGCAGCCCCUUCAAUGCCUCCCAGCUGGAUGUCUCCAGCCGCCUCGAUGCCCUGGCCACAUUCCUCGUCUCGCUGGCCUACAAUGUGCGCGAGACGCAGCAGAACGUGGGCAAAAUAGUCCAGAACACCAACAACAUCAAACGGCGCCUGGCGAAUCGGAACAAGGCGCAGUCCGCCCAGCUGCCUGCAGGCUUCGCGCCCGCGGCUGCUGUGGAGGAGCAUGCGACGAGCUGCCUGCAAUCCUAUUUGGCUGUCAAUGGCAUCCUGAAGCUGCAGCUGACGCCGGAGAGCGAUAGCUUCUAUGUGCCCUGCGAGGACGACGGCUGGACGGUGGUCAUGAAUCGCUCCUCGGACGACAUCAGCUUCGAGCGCAGCUGGCUGGAGUACAAGGAGGGCUUCGGCAACCUGGCCGGCGACUUCUUCCUCGGCCUGGACAAGCUGCACGCGCUGACCAGCUCCGCGCUGCACGAGCUGCGCAUCUGGCUGCAGGACUUCGAUGGCAAUGUGGCCCUCGCCGGCUACGACUCGUUCGCCAUCAGCGGCGAGCGGGAGCUCUACGCGCUCAGCCUGCUGGGCAACUUCCAGACGCAGCUGCAGCCCCCGGCUGGCGACUCGCUCUCGUAUCACGCCGGCGCCAAGUUCAGCACGUUCGAUAACGAUAACGAUAACUGUCUCGAGUGCAACUGUGCGCAGCGGCACAAGGCCGGCGGCUGGUUCAACGCGUGCGGCACCAGCAAUCUGAUGGGCGUCUACCACGCCCAGGGCCACGAGCAGGCCGGCGAGACGGGCAUCUACUGGGACACGUUCCAGGGCAAGGACUACUCGCUGCGCCGCGUCAAAAUGCUCAUACGCCCCGUCGCCGGGCAGGACGAGGCCCGCCGGUAAGCCCCCGGCCUAACUGGGCCCAACAACUGCCAUACGUCAGGGAUGCCAAUGCCAUGUUCUGUAUACUCCAAACCCAAUCUUGCAAACGUCAGGGAAGCCAUGCCUAGCUCCGCAAACUCUAACCCCAAUCGUGCAUUUUAACUCGUAGCCCUUUAAGUUCGAGCUGCUGCGCGUGUGCGUAUACGUCUGCUCAGCACUGUGUAUUUAUGGAAAAUUACCCUAGUUAAUAAAUGUGUCGUGUACUCUC